AUGACGUAUGGUGUAUGGUGUAAUGAUAAAAUGGUGUAUGAGGUAUUGAGUAAUGAUGAAUGGGGUAACGAUGAAAUGAUGUAUGAUGUAUGGUGUAAAGAUGAACAGGGUAAUGAUGUAUGCUGUAAUGAUGAACGGGGUAAUGAUGUAUGGCGUAAUGGUGAAAGGAUGUGUGAUGUAAAACAAGAACUUUUGAAGCGAACCACUGACAGUUCAUUUGAUGUUGCUCUAUUUUUGUUGCAUCCAAAAAGCAAAGGAUAUAUACGACUGGAAUCAUCUAACCCUUUAAAGCAACCUCUACUGGACCCAAGAUUUUUAGAAGAUCCAUAUGACAUAGAAAUGUUGUUAAAAAUGAUUCGUUGGACACAGAAACUUGAAAAGACUUCGUCAUGGAAGAGCCUUCGUGUAAAACUAAUAAGAUACGAUAUGGAAGGUCACUGUGGGGAAAUAGAAUUUAAUACGGACGCCUACUGGAGAUGCAUCAUUCAACAUUUUGUGGUCUCGGGACUUCAUCCCACAAGUACGUGUAGAAUGGGUUCAAGAAGAGAUCCAACUGCAGUUGUAGAUCCUACAUUAAGGGUAUAUGGUAUAAAAAAUCUGAGGGUAGUCGAUGCAUCUGUCAUGCGCAAUGUUAUAUCCGGUAAUACGUAUUCACCAACCUUGAUGAUUGCAGAAAAGGCAGCUGAUAUGAUCAAAUGUGGAACAAAAUAUUAAAAUAUGACAAUCACUGACAAAUGUGUACUUAACAUGAUAUGACUUAUUAUUUACGGUCGAGUUAGUUCAUUUGUCGGCAUCUAAGGGACUAAGGGUAAUCUGAAUGUUUGAGCACCAAAUGAAAUACCGUGAUGUCAUUUGCUGAAUUUUCAUUGAUUAGAAUUU